CAAGGCGCGCGCCGGGCGGCGGGCGGUGCGACUGCUUAAAGGGGCCGCGCGGUCGCCGGUGCUGUGCUGAGUGAGUGCGGAGCCACGCCGGGAUCCACGCCGGGAGUCACACCGGGAACUGUCGCCUCCGAGGGAUCUACCACGAUGCCUGGGUCUCUUCCAGUGAAUGCUGAAUCCUGUUGGCCCAAAGAUGUGGGAAUUGUGGCACUGGAAAUAUAUUUUCCCUCUCAGUAUGUUGACCAGACAGAGCUGGAGAAGUACGAUGGUGUGGAUGCUGGGAAGUAUACCAUUGGUCUAGGCCAGGCCAGGAUGGGGUUCUGCUCCGACCGGGAGGAUAUCAACUCUCUCUGCUUGACUGUGGUCCAGAAGCUCAUGGAGAGGAACAACCUUUCCUAUGAUUGUAUUGGGAGAUUAGAAGUUGGAACGGAGACCAUAAUUGAUAAAUCAAAAUCUGUGAAGACCGUCCUGAUGCAGCUGUUUGAAGAAUCUGGUAACACAGAUGUAGAAGGAAUCGACACCACCAAUGCAUGCUAUGGAGGCACUGCUGCUCUUUUUAAUGCUAUUAAUUGGAUUGAGUCCAGUUCUUGGGAUGGACGCUAUGCCCUCGUGGUGGCUGGAGACAUCGCUGUCUAUGCCUCUGGGAAUGCCAGGCCGACUGGUGGGGCUGGUGCUGUUGCCAUGCUGGUUGGUCCAAAUGCACCCUUGAUCUUUGAGAGAGGGUUGCGUGGAACCCACAUGCAGCAUGCCUAUGACUUCUACAAACCAGAUAUGCUCUCUGAAUAUCCUGUGGUGGAUGGCAAACUCUCUAUACAGUGCUACCUCAGUGCUUUGGAUCGCUGCUAUACUGUCUAUCGCAACAAAAUCCAUGCCCAGUGGCAGAAGGAGGGGACAGACAGACGUUUCACCUUGAAUGACUUUGGAUUCAUGAUCUUUCAUUCUCCAUACUGUAAACUGGUACAGAAAUCCGUGGCUAGACUCUUGUUGAAUGACUUUCUCAGUGACCAGAACCCAGAAACAGCGAAUGGUGUUUUCAGUGGUCUGGAAGCUUUCAGGGAUAUAAAACUUGAAGAUACAUAUUUUGACAGAGAUGUGGAAAAAGCUUUCAUGAAAGCUAGUGCAGAGCUCUUCAAUCAGAAAACCAAAGCUUCAUUACUCGUGUCCAAUCAGAAUGGAAAUAUGUAUACCCCUUCAGUCUAUGGUUGCCUUGCCUCUCUUCUAGCCCAGUACUCCCCAGAGCAGCUGGCAGGACAGAGAAUCAGUGUGUUCUCCUAUGGCUCUGGUUUUGCUGCUACCCUGUAUUCCAUCAGGGUCACACAGGAUGCCACUCCUGGUUCUGCACUGGACAGAAUAACUGCCAGCCUUUCUGAUCUCAAAGCAAGACUUGACUCAAGAAAGUGUAUUGCACCUGAUGUCUUUGCUGAAAACAUGAAGAUCAGACAGGAAACACACCAUUUGGCCAACUAUAUUCCACAGUGCUCAGUAGAGGAUCUCUUUGAAGGAACCUGGUACCUCGUGCGCGUGGAUGAAAAGCACAGGAGAACCUAUGCCCGGCGCCCACUCCUGAGUGAUGGACCUCUGGAGGCAAGAGUUGGAGUUGUGCACCCAGGCAUUGUUCAUGAGCACAUCCCAAGCCCUGCUAAGAAAGUGCCAAGAAUCCCUGCAACAACAGAAACUGAAGGCGUUACUGUUGCCCUUUCCAAUGGGGAGCAUUAAGAUACCUCUGUGAGGUGGGGAAAGAAACAAGGUGUGAGGGUAGAGUGAGAGAGAGAGAAAAAGGAUUGCAGUAAUGCUGAAGUUUCAGUGUACACUAGUACUUCAUUGGAGCAUGAAAAACCUGUUUAAGCUCCUUGAAAAAAAUCAUCAUAAUACGGUGUACUGAUUUUAAAGUAUUUUCAGAACACUAAAAUCAGGAGUAUAUUGGAGAUAGAGGGACUUGCUAGGUCCUCUGUGGAUUCCUUAAGGUGUCUGAAUUUUUUUAAUUGCUGAGAAGUAGCUGUAGUCUAUUACAAGGUCUUUGUACAUAGAAAAAAAAAAAAAAGGAAUCUUCUGCCUGCUAUUUCCAUGUAAAAUGACUUGAAACCUACACUGUUAACUUCUACUAGUACUCAAGUGUGUGCAAACUAGUCCAUGCUUUUAAUGUUAGGGUUCUCAGUGCCUUGACAAUAAGCAGUCAGUCUUCUGAAUACUGCAAUUCUCUUUCACUUUAUCACCUUCCCUUUCUUCUCCCAGUCUGCCUCCCAUCACCCCAUCGCUUUGGGAAAGGUAUAGAACCAAGUAACAUCCAUUGUUGGAAUGGAAUCUCUCUUCCCUUCAAAAUUACCGGAUCAAGAACAGCUAGGUUGACAAGUGGUUUUCUUGGAAGAAACUCUGUUAUCCAUUGGGUUAGUUACUAUGUAAUUUCUCCUAGCAUCCAUAUUAUGUGUUUUAUACCUGCAUUGCAAGUCACAGCAGCCUGGGAGGAAAGAGGACAAAGAAGGGAGGUAGUAAAUUUUUUCUUCUAAAGAAAUGGGAUCAUUGAUUUGGCACCUUUCUGGAUUGUUAAGUAGAAGUAUCCAAGGCAGCAGAAUUUUCAAAAAAAACUUCUAGACAUUAUGGAGCUGUUGUAAUUGGCAAACAAAGGAAGAGAGUCAUCUUCAUCAGUUUGUCCAGAACUCUGGCCUCUCACUAGUCUUUAUAUAAUACAUUUCCAAAAGACUAUUUCUAACUUUGAAUUUGGCUUUGUACCUUGAAGUCCUUCUCACUACUGUUAAUACUGUAGACUAGCAUCUUUUAUUUCUUUUGUUUUAGUUUGGUUUUUUUUUCAACAAGCUAUCCGUUUUGCCAGUGGUAGAUUUACAGUGGUAAUGGGGAGCCCAUUCUGGUAGAUUUUUAAAGCCCAGAUUGGAAACGAACUACGACAUGAGCCUUUUAAGCCUGUAAUAUAUAUAUCUAUCUAUCUAUAUCUAUAUAUAUAGAUAUAUAUAUUUAAAUUGAGCUAAUGUACAGAUUAAGUUUUGUUGAGUUUAUUUCUUUGCUAAUUCUACAAAGCCACAUUAUCUAAUAUAAAGUAGCAAAAAAUUAUUUCUCUGUUAAUCACAAUUUUUUUGUGUGUGUAAUGAAGUGUUUGUAUUACCUGUCACUCACUAGGACUUGAUAACUUGCUGUAUUUGUGCGGUCAAGCCUUGAUAAAAUAGUUGUUUAAUAUAAAUUGAUGAAUACUAAUCUGUUUGUUCUGCUAAAAAUGAUGGAGCAAUGAUGCAUGAUGAUAGUGUUUGCAAGUAUUUUGGUUUAGAUUGCCCUCAUGAAACUUAUCUUGGCACCAGGAAAACAAACUGUCAUGGAACAAAGUCCAUUGCUGGCAGUGGACGAACCAAGAAGUGAGCUACUAGCAGAGACCUCCCAGGUCUGUGAGGCUGAUCCUUUAUUAAAAUAAAGUUUGAGAUAUUUGAAACCUG